GCGGGAGAAGGGGCAGCGCCGCACCGAGCGCACAACGCCAUGGGGACCGCGUCCGGCCAGCGGAGGCGGUGGCCACUGUCGCUCUUGCUGCUGUCCCUGCUGCUGCUGCUGCUGCUGCCGCCGCUGUCGCCCGCCCCGGCGCUCGACCCUGGAUUGCAGCCGGGCAACUUUUCGGAGGAUGAGGCGGGGGCGCAGCUCUUCGCCGACAGCUACAACUCGAGUGCGGAGCAGGUGAUGUUCCUGGGCAUGGAGGCCAGCUGGGCGUAUGACACCAACAUCACGGAGGAGAAUGCGCGGAUCCAGGAGGAAACAGCCUUAAUCACCCAGGAGUUUACAAGGGUCUGGGGCACGAAGGCCAAGAAGCUGUAUAAUCACAUCUGGGAGAACUUUACCGACCCAAAACUUCGAAGGAUCAUGAAAGAAAUUCGCACCCUAGGACCUGCCAACCUGCCCCUGGCCCAGCAGCAGCAGUACAACUCUCUGUUAAACAACAUGAGCCGAAUCUACUCCACUGGCAAGGUCUGCUUCCCCAACAAGACUGCCACCUGCUGGUCCCUGGACCCAGAUCUCACCAACAUCCUGGCUUCCUCACGAAGCUACGCCAAGCUUCUGUUUGCCUGGGAGGGCUGGCAUGACGCUGUGGGCACUGCACUGAAACCUCUCUAUCAAGACGUUUCCGCCCUCAGCAACGAAGCCUACAGACAAGACGGCUUCCCAGACACAGGAGCCUACUGGCGUUCCUGGUAUGAUUCCCCCAACUUUGAGGAGACCCUGGAGCACCUCUACCACCAACUGGAACCCCUCUACCUGAACCUCCACGCCUAUGUCCGCCGUGCACUGCAUCGACACUAUGGGGACAAAUACAUCAACCUCAGGGGGCCCAUCCCUGCUCAUCUGCUGGGUAACAUGUGGGCCCAGAGCUGGGAAAACAUCUAUGACAUGGUGGUGCCUUUCCCAGACAAGCCCAACCUCGAUGUCACCAGUACAAUGGUGCAGAAGGGCUGGAAUGCCACACACAUGUUCCGGGUAGCGGAAGAAUUCUUCACGUCGCUGGGGCUCUUACCCAUGCCUCCUGAGUUCUGGGCAGAGUCUAUGCUGGAGAAGCCAACUGAUGGGCGGGAGGUGGUGUGCCAUGCCUCCGCCUGGGACUUCUACAACAGGAAGGACUUCAGGAUCAAGCAGUGCACACAGGUCACAAUGGAACAGCUGUCCACAGUGCACCACGAGAUGGGCCACGUGCAAUACUACCUGCAGUACAAGGACCUGCACAUCUCUCUGCGUAGUGGUGCCAACCCUGGCUUCCAUGAGGCCAUUGGAGAUGUGCUCGCGCUCUCUGUCUCCACCCCUGCACAUCUGCACAAAAUCGGCCUGCUGGACCAUGUUGACAAUGACAGAGAAAGCGAUAUCAAUUACUUGCUAAAGAUGGCCCUAGAGAAAGUUGCCUUCCUGCCCUUUGGCUACCUGGUGGACCAGUGGCGCUGGGGGGCCUUCAGUGGACGGACUCCUCCCUCUCGAUACAACUUUGAUUGGUGGUAUCUUCGAACCAAGUAUCAAGGGAUCUGCUCUCCAGUCGUCCGGAAUGAAACACAUUUUGACGCCGGAGCCAAGUUUCAUGUCCCAAGCAUGACACCGUAUAUAAGGUACUUUGUGAGCUUUGUUCUGCAGUUCCAGUUCCAUCAAGCACUGUGCAAGGAGGCAGGCCACCAGGGCCCACUACACCAAUGUGACAUCUACCGGUCCACCCAGGCGGGGGCCAAGCUCCGACAGGUGCUGCAGGCUGGCUCCUCCAGGCCCUGGCAGGAGGUGCUGAAGGACAUGGUGGGCUCAGAUAACCUGGAUGCCCAGGCACUGCUGGAUUACUUCCAACCGGUCAGCCAGUGGCUGCAGGAGCAGAAUCAACGGAAUGGUGAAGUCCUAGGCUGGCCAGAGUAUCAGUGGCGCCCACCAUUACCUGACAACUAUCCCAACGGCAUUGAUCUAGUGACCGAUGAAGCCGAGGCUCACAGGCUCGUGGAGGAGUAUGACCGGACAGCUCAGGUGUUGUGGAAUGAAUACGCGGAGGCCAAUUGGCAUUAUAACACCAACAUUACCAAAGAGGGCAGCAAGAUCCUGCUUCAGAAAAACAAGGAAGUAGCCAACCACACCCUGAAAUAUGGCACCUGGGCCAAGAAGUUCGACGUGAGCAACUUCCAGAACUCUACCAUCAAGCGGAUCAUGAAGAAGGUUCAGAACCUGGACCGGGCAGCGCUGUCUCCCACGGAGCUAGAAGAGUACAACCAGAUCCUGCUGGAAAUGGAGACCAUAUACAGUGUAGCCAAUGUUUGCUACACGAAUGACACCUGUCUGCAGUUGGAGCCUGAUCUGACAAAUAUGAUGGCCACAUCUCGGAAAUACGAAGAACUGUUAUGGGUGUGGAAGAGCUGGCGAGACAAGGUGGGGAGAGGCAUCCUUCCCCUUUUCCCAAAGUAUGUGGAAUUCUCCAACAAGAUCGCCCAGCUCAAUGGCUACACUGAUGGAGGGGACUCAUGGAGAUCUUUAUACGAGACGGACAACUUGGAGCAAGACCUUGAACAGCUGUACCAGGAGCUGCAGCCACUCUACCUGAACUUGCACGCCUAUGUGCGCCGUUCCCUGCACCGCCACUAUGGGUCCCAGUACAUCAACCUGAAUGGUCCCAUUCCUGCUCACUUGUUAGGGAACAUGUGGGCGCAGACCUGGUCCAACAUCUAUGACUUGGUGGCACCCUUCCCUUCAGCCCCCAAUUUAGAUGCCACAGAGGCCAUGGUAAAACAGGGAUGGACGCCCAGAAGGAUAUUUAAGGAAGCUGACAGUUUCUUUAGCUCCCUGGGGCUGCUACCUGUGUCCAGUGAGUUCUGGAACAAGUCAAUGUUGGAGAAGCCAACUGAUGGAAGGGAGGUGGUGUGUCACGCCUCAGCCUGGGACUUCUACAAUGGCAAGGACUUCAGGAUCAAGCAGUGUACCUCUGUGAACAUGGAGGAUUUGGUGAUUGCCCACCACGAAAUGGGCCACAUCCAGUAUUUCAUGCAGUACAAAGACUUGCCUGUGACCUUUCGGGAGGGUGCCAACCCUGGCUUUCAUGAGGCUAUUGGAGAUGUCCUGGCUCUGUCCGUGUCUACUCCCAAGCAUCUACACAGUCUCAACCUGCUGAGUAGUGAGGGCAGUGGCUACGAGUACGACAUCAACUUUCUCAUGAAGAUGGCCCUGGACAAGAUCGCCUUCAUCCCCUUCAGUUACCUCAUCGACCAAUGGCGCUGGAGGGUCUUUGAUGGAAGCAUCACCAAGGAGAACUACAACCAGGAGUGGUGGAACCUCAGGCUGAAGUAUCAGGGUCUUUGCCCUCCAGUGCCCAGAUCUCAAGGUGACUUUGACCCAGGGUCCAAGUUUCACGUUCCUGCAAAUGUGCCUUACAUCAGGUACUUUAUCAGCUUCAUCAUCCAGUUCCAGUUCCACGAGGCGCUGUGCCAUGCAGCUGGGCACACGGGUCCCCUGCACAAAUGUGACAUCUACCAAUCCAAGAAAGCAGGAAAACUACUGGAGGACACCAUGAAGCUGGGCUACAGUAAGCCAUGGCCAGAAGCAAUGAAGCUGAUCACAGGCCAGCCUAACAUGUCAGCCUCUGCCAUGAUGAACUACUUCAGGCCACUAACAGAAUGGCUCAUCACUGAGAAUAGGAGACACGGAGAGACACUGGGCUGGCCGCAGUACAACUGGACACCAAACAACGCUCGCUCCGAAAGCUCCAUCGCAGAGUCUGACCGUGUCAACUUCCUGGGCAUGUACCUGGAGCCACAGCAGGCCCGUGUGGGCCAGUGGGUGCUGCUCUUCCUGGGCGUCGCCCUGCUGGUGGCCACCUUGGGUCUCGCCCAUCGGCUCUUCAACAUCCACAACCACCACAGCCUCCGCCGGCCCCACCAUGGGCCCCAGUUUGGGUCUGAGGUGGAGCUCAGACACUCCUGAGGUGACCCUGAUGGCAAGGCCAGCAGAGGGGUGUCCCACAAGAAACUGGAUGGAGGACAUGGGGUGGAGUGCAAACACACCCUAGCUGGGCCUUCCUCCUCCUGCCCUGUCCCCCUCCACUCUCUGACCCCCAAACCCAGGCCCUACUUUCUAGAUAUCCAGCAUCUAAUGUGGAAUUCCCCACCCAGUUUCUGUGAAUACAAUUAAAAAUCCUCCCCGACACCUGAGUCUGUGUCCCUUGUGGGAAGAAGGCAGGGACAAGAUCAUCUGUCUCCUGACAGUCCAGCAGGCCCCUUUACUGAUGCCUCUUAGUCUCUCUCCAAAUAGAAACCCAAAUAUUCCAAGUGCUCUGCAUCUCCUACCCCAGCAUCCCCUACUGUCUUUUCCACCAGGCUUCCUGGCAGCCCAGGUGAGGUGGCCCUGUCCUGCCACAGCACACGGUCCUUACCCACCCGUGGCCUCAUCGGGGAGGGUCCUGGGAAGCAGAGAGGAAGCACACACUGUGGGCUGCCUCCUGCUUUGCUCGUGGAUGCACUAUGGAGGGUUCGCCCUGUUCCAGGUUGACUUUUGUGUGGGUGGGCGUCUCAGGAAGGCCCUGGAUUCCCUUCCCUGCUCCGGGGCGAGGGCCCUGGAAGGCACUGAUUCAGGGAUCAUGCAGGAGCCCACAGUCACUCAGACUCCUGCCACUUCAUGAGUGGACAGCCUGGGUUCCCCAGUGGAGCCACAUGGGCACUGCCCAGGGGAAAGCCAUGCUGUGGGCUCAAUGCUACAGGCU